AUGGGUGCUGCAGAGCCUGUGGUGGAGAGAGAAAGUGAAGAAGUUGAGGUGAGAGGGGAAAAUGGGGAGAAGAAGGAAGAGGGGGAAGAGAGAGAUGUUGAGAAAGGUGAGGAGGUGGGUUUUGAAUAUGAAGAACAGGCGGUGGCUGCAGAGAGCAACACCAAUGAUGACCAUAAUCAGAGAGAUGUUCAUAUGUCAAUGAUGCAUAGGCUAAAUCCUACAAACCCUUUGAGAAUCGUCAUCAAUAGUAACACCAGAGCUGCAACUCCACCUCCUCCUUCUCGGUUCUCUCAUGGAAGUAAUAAUAUCAGAGUUGGUGCUACUCCAUCUCCUCCUCACUUCUCUCAUACUCCCCCGCAUUCUCAGCCUCGUUCUACACCAAACCCACAACCAUCUAUUACAACACUGAAUUCAAGAAAAUACACCAACAAGAUAUCUCUGUUCCUGUUCCUUCUACACAUGGUUGCAGCUAUUGGGCUUGUUGGUUUUCUUAUAUUCAAGGGAGUUCAGGGGCUGAUAGAAGCAUCUGACAACAGAGUUAAGAGAGCAGAGAAAAGAGUUUUAAAGUUUUUUCUACCACAAGUUGAAGCUGCAUCUCUUUUAAGCAUUACCCUUGCAUUUGCAUGGCAAAAGGCAGUGAGGGUGUGGCCUAAAUUUUUUGUUCAUUUCAUAUUAUGGACCACUUUUCUCAUGUCUCUGUCUGCUGGAAUUCUACUAAUUUGCUUCCAAAAGCCUGCUAGUGAUGGCGUUGGGGUCUGUUUUAUUGCUUUUGCAAUAGGCAAUGGCUUAUAUGCAUGUUGGAUAUCGCAGCGGAUUGGAUUUUGUAGCAAGAUAUUGAUCAAAUCACUCGAACCAGUAUCAAAGUUCCCUGAUUUGAAUCAACCCAUUUAUUGGAUGCUUGGGGUUGGAUUUUUGUGGAUGUCCCUAUGGAAUCUAGCAGUAAUUGGAGCUCUGAAUUUCUAUUUUACCCCACUGAUGAUAGUUUUGCUGGGAUUGAGCUUGGCUUGGACAGCCGAAGUAAUGAGGAAUGUGGCAAAUAUAACCGUGAGUAGGGUUAUUUCUCUGUAUUAUCUCAGAGGAAUGCAAUCUAACACUAAAUUUUGCUUUCAAAGAGCCUUGAGUAAAAGUCUUGGAAGUGCAUGCUUUGGAUCUCUCUUUGUGCCUGCAAUUGAAGCCCUGAGAAUUGUUGCUCGAGCCUUAAAUUUACUUGAGGGAGAAGAUGAGUUCAUGUUUUCUUGUGCACAUUGCUGUCUCAGAGUCAUGGAGUCCAUCUUCAGAUAUGGCAAUGGCUGGGCCUUUGUACAGAUAGCAGCAUAUGGGAAGGGUUUUGUGAAGGCGUCACAAGACACUUGGGAGCUCUUUGAAAGACAAGAAAUGGAACAAAUUGUUGAUUCGGAUAUUACCAGCUCAAUCUGCUUCUUAACCGGCGUCUGCAGUGGCUCUAUGUGUGUCAUAGUUGUGGCUGCUUGGACAGCCAGAGUUCACCAAAGUUUCACAGCCACCAUUUCCAUCCUUGCAUUCUUCAUUGGAUACCUUAUGACCAGGAUAGCCAUGACACUACCACAUGCUUGUGUAGGUAGUUACCUUGUUUGCUAUGCAGAGAACCCAGACAACAGAUUAUUUGACAACACAAUUAAGGAUCGUCUGGCUUUGAUGAAAUCUGGUCGAGAUGUAGCCAUCCUCACACCUCGAGUACCCCGCAGGUUUGCAGCAAGGUAA